AUGAGGCAAGAAGGGUGGCUCCGGUUAAGCAUAGGCCACGAGAAUGAUGUUAAACCGGAUCUUGACCAUCAUCAACAGCAUCAAACUGAUACAACUGCUAGGAGGGACUCUUUUCUAGAGCUUAACCUUUCUUCUAGCGGUUCAAAUAGAGAAGAAGAAGUUAGUCUUCCAUUGUCAUCUCUCUUUCAUCAUCAGGAUCAACCAGGAGGGAUGAUGAUUAAUCAAUUGAUGUUCCCUACCAGGCCUGGUCAUGAGAUGAUUGGUUCUUGGGCGGCUGCUGCGUUUAGAAUGCCUUUUUCUCCACAAAACCUGAGAGGACCGUACUUUGGUAUGGAUGUGGUGGCUGGUCCAAGCUCGAGUUUUCGAGUCAUUGAUCCACCUAGACGACCCUAUUCGGGCAUUUGGUUCCUCCUUCAAGCUUCUCAAAACCAGACAAGAGAACCAUUCUUGCCUCAGAUACCCAAGAGCUACUUGAGAAUCAAGGACGGGAAGAUGACUGUUCGACUAUUGAUGAAAUAUUUGGUGAAUAAGUUGCGAUUGGAGCACGAAUCCCAGUUCCAUGUACACGUUUGCUUGCCGUAA